GAAACCUUUUUGAACUGCUAUUUUCAAGUGAUCUCAAUAAGAAUUUAAUUUUAUUAUUUUGAAGGAAUUAAACGUUAUUAUGGAUAGUGUUGAGAAUAUUCGUGUUGGUACGCUUCCACCUGACUCGCCUUACAUGAAGCCUUUUAGAUUGUAUUACGUACAGAAUGGCAAAGAGAAGAAUUGGGACCUUAUUAGAGCUCAUGAUAGUGUUGCAAUUAUCGUCUUUAACAAGACCAGGAAUGUCUUAAUAGCUGUCAAACAGUUUAGACCGGCAGUUUACUAUGGACUAGUAGCUGAAGAGUAUGAAAAGACAGGAAAGGUUGAUCUACAGAAGUUUCCACCAAAAGAUGCCAUUACAAUGGAGCUUUGUGCUGGAAUUAUCGACAAAGAUUUGCCAACCAAUGAAAUAGCAAGAGAAGAGCUCAUAGAAGAAUGUGGAUAUGACGUGCCUGUAGAAAGAAUUGAGGAAGUCAUGCAAUUUAGAAGCGGUGUUGGAACUACUGGAUCUUUACAGACUUUAUAUUAUUGUGAAGUAACUGAUUCUGAUAAGGUUGAAGGAAGUGGGGGUGGCAUCGGCGAUGAAAUUAUUGAAGUCGUUGACAUUCCAUUAGAUGAAGCUAGGGAGAUCAUUAAACAAGGUACGAAGCAUACAAGUCCGCCAGGAUUCUUAUUCGGUAUUUUAUGGUUCUUGACUAAUAAGGCAUCAAAAUUAUAACUUGACUACAUUCCCACUGACUCACAACGUUCUAAAGGAAAUUAAAUAUUUUAAGGCACAGAAUCAAUUCUAUUUUAGCGAUUAUGAAUUCUUUUAUUUUUCCUUGAAUUAUAUAAUUUGUUUAAAUUAUAAUACGAUAUAUUUAUGCAAAAAUUGGG